AUGUCCACUUCAGCUCCAACUCCAGAUAUGCCCUGUAUGGGGAAUUCGUGCGCGGUAGAGAAUGCGCUUGACCUACCUGAUGAAAUUAUGAUCAAUGGAAGAAAAAUCUGGCUGAAUCAUGCUGCCUCACUCUUCUGUGAAAAAUGCGGUAAGAUUGGUCACAACGAAAAAGGGCACGAUGCAAUAGUUUGGAGAAAGGCAGAGCGGCUUGAGAAGGGAAGGAUAAAAAGAGAAAAGAGGGAAGAAGAAAGGAAGAUGAGUAGAGCAGCCAGGGAGGAAUUGAAGCAGAAGCUGGUGUACGAGGAGCAGGAUAAUUUAAGUAGUUCAUCGUAUAUAGAGGUAAAUGGAGGUCAAGGGUUCAGUAAAGCCGAUAAUCUAAAGAAAUCCGCUGCGUCUGUAGAACAAGUAGCUCCUGAAGACCAUGCAGCUCCUGUAGAACAUAUAGCACCUGUAGGAUGUGUAACACCUGCAGAGCAUGUGGAACCUGUAGAACAUGUAGCUCCUGUAAAACAUGUAGCACCAGUAGAACAGGCAGCACCUAUAGAGCAUGCAGCACCCGUAGAGCAUGUAGUACUCGUAGAACAUGUAGCACCCGUAGAACGUGAAACACCUGUAGAACAAGAAACUCUUGUAGAGCACGCAGCACCUGAAGAGCAUACCAAUAAUGCAGGGAGAUUUAGAGGCACUUGCAACACCUGUAAAGCAAGAAUCACCUGUAGCACAUGCGGUAUAUGACACACCUGUAACACUUGCAGAGCCAGAUGCACCUGUAGCGCUUGGAAUACUGAAGACACAUGCAACAUAUGCAACACUUGUUAUAUCGGUGGCACCUGCAGCACCUGUAGAGCUAGAAGCAUCCCUUACGCAUAUGCUGCUGGAAGCACAAGUGGUACCUGCAAGUCUAGAAACACAAGUAGCCCUUGCAAUUUUGAUGACACCUGUAGCACCUGUGGAGCUAAAAACACCUGUAGCACCUGUAACGCUGGAGGCUCAUGCGCCACUCGUCACUCAUGCAGCACCUGUAGCUCUUGAAACGCCUACAUACAAGAAGGGAAGAGAAGUUAUCCAUGAGCAGAUGGCGACGAGCAUCGAAGGAAAAGGAUCUGUGUGAGCAGAGUCCUUACGGUCGGACAUGUGAAUGUGUAUGGAGUCAACCAAAAAGGAGAACAACUGAGAGAAUUCAUCGAAGAACACAACCUAGACAUCCUGGGCAUCUAUGAGACUUACCUGAAGGAGAAGGAUAAGGCACCUUAUGUUCCAGGCUACAACUGGUACCAUUCGCCUGCAAUUGGCCAUAGUGCAGGUGUAGCCUUCAUCUACAGGAAUAAUCUUGAACUGAAACGGCUGCUAAUAAUACAUGACUCGAGAAUAAUAGGAUUAAUGAUCGGUGACUUCGUGAUUAUAGAAGCUUAUUGCCCUGUGGAGAAUGCAAUCGAAGAGGAGUUGGAAGAUUUCUAUGAGAAGCUAAACAUACAGAUUGGGGAGAUCAGGGCUGCAGAGCAAAGAACGCUGGUUCUCGGAGAUUUCAAUGCUCACGUCGCUGGAUGGUAUUCUGGUACAACCAAUCAAAACGGAAAAAGACUGAUCAAAUUUUGCAAGGAGUGACAGCUAAAGCUAAUGAGCCUUGAUAAGCCCACCCACACGCACUCAUCAGGCAAUGUUUUCUGCCUGGACUACUGUGCUACUGACUGAGACUCCGCUGAUACAAUCACCGACUUUGAUACAUGCCCUGGAAACCCUAUAAAAAGUGAUCACCUGCCGCUUAUAGUUAAGAUCCUCGCCCCAGUAGUUAGAAAGAAGACUCCUGAUAGGAAAAGAAUCAGAACUGACAGACUCCAGAGUAGAGUAUACCUGAACGUAUACCAGAAGGCGCUGCACAGAGAAAUAGGAUGCCUGAUGGCAGAGGAGCACAAUUCGGAGUCACUGUAUAACGCCCUUGUUAAUGGGCUAUUGACUGUCGGUGGAAGGGUUUUGGGCAAAACAACGCGAUUGGAGAGGCCAGGACUAGGUAGAGGCUCACUUAUUGCACUAAGGACAGCGAGGAGGCAUAAAUGGAAGGCAUUCAAAGCGAUUAAUGCAGGCAAUAGACCCAAAUACCUGGAGGAAAUGAAAAAGCACAGAGCCAUGAUGAAAGAAUUUAAGCACCAACUGAAGCAGGAUAAACAGAGCUCACGAAUGAAAAGGGAGAUAGAAUGAGCAGUUAUAGGCGCAAAAGAUGAAUGGGAGCUAGUGAGAAGAAUCAAGAGGGCGAGGAGAGCUGGCCCUGUCAAAUUCACGAGCGGCGAAGAAGGCAAAAUUUUGGACUGGUGGAAAUACCAGUAUCAGGACUCUGGGUGAGAUCAGCCUGGCCAUAACGGCGACCCGCUGGUCCCAACUAAGGAAGAAGUUAGCGACGCUAUCAAGCAGCUAGGGAACAGAAAGGCGGUAGGUCCUGAUAAUCUACCGGCCGAACUAAUCAAGGGCGGUGGUGAAUUGGUUGAGACGUUGUGCAUAAACUGAUACAGCAGAUAUGGAAGGAAAGAAAACUCCCCAAGGAAAUGAACUCAGCACUAG